GGGCCGCCCGCGGUGCGUUGCGUGGGUUCGUCCCGCAGUGCCGAGGCGCCCGCGUCGGAAGGAGCCGCUGUUUGUAGCUCCCCGUUACCGGCCGCAGCUGCGCCGGCCUCCCUGCCCGCCCGCAGGACCUCGGGAACGGACAUGAUCUCCCACGCGGACCCGAAGGCGGAGCGCUGGUUCUCCCAUCUGCGUGCCUGCGAGGGGCAGGCGGGUCUGCGCGGCACCUGCCCAGGUAGGUUCUGCCAGCUUCACGUCUACCUCAGUUUUGGUGAAGGACAAACGUUCGGGAACGCUUUUGGACACCACAUCUCCCUUCUGCUAAAACGGAUGGCACCUCUGAACAGCUCUGUGGUCCAUGAGUUUCUGUUCACUUGCCUGGAACGUCCAUUGGGCUUCCCGCUCCCUGAGUGUUGCCUCAGGCCCUCCCUGUGCCAUCACAUCCAGCCUCCUGACAGUGGGGUACAGCAGCCAAGGGCCCGGCUGCGUUCUGUGAGCAGCCCUGCUGGGUUGGAGCCAAGUCUAAGCCCCGUCAUAGGGAUUCCAGGACUGGCUGAAAUGGGUGAUGCCAGAGAAGGGAAUCAGCACGCGGUGGCACCACCUCAACACGCUCUGCCAUCCUUCCAAUUGAAAUCCUUCCAGCGAGUUCCACUCAUCGUGAUGUUGAUUCAGCCUCUCACAGACAACUCGUCCUGGGUGCCACUGAAGAUGCUGGAUAGGUCAGGCAUCGAACAGAAAUGAUUGUAGAAGUUUCAUGAUGGAGAGCUGGAGCCACACCAGCAGUCACUGUGAUAGGAAGCUUAAAACUUCUCAUCUUCCCCAAGUAAGUCUGAUGUGGAGGUUAAGAGCUUCAUGCUGGCCUGUCAUCCUUUUAACCUGUCUUUGGUUAGCAAGAUUUGCCUUUCUUCCAGGCCUGGAUGGAUGUAACUGCAGUCAAAUGGAAGUGCCUUCAUGGUGAACAGCAGUGUUCCCAUUUGUUUCUUUCAGGGGAUUGCAUUAAUGAAAACCAUGAGGGAACCACACCAGAUUGCUAUGAAAAGCCCCUUAGGAGUUCUCUGUGAAAUCAUAUGGUGAUGUUUUCUCACACUGACUAGAAAGAGGAAGAUUAAACAUGUUAACCAAGCCAAUCUAUGUACGACUGUAGGCUCUCCUUCCUUAAUUGCCCGCUUACAACUCAGUACUGACUCUCCUCUUCCAAAGCACAGUUACUUAUCACAGCUCUGCCAGGCCACAGGAAGCAUCUGUGGUUUGUGUGUCAGCCCCACAGGGCCGAUACGUUUCCAGUUUGUUCCACAGGAGUUUUCAGAGUACCAGGAAAUAGCAGCCAAAUCUGUCCCGCUUUAGAAAAAAUCUGCAGGUCUCUGUUGCUGUGGCUUUUAGUUCUCAGCCCGUUCCGUAUUGUGAGUCUACGUGCAGUCAGCAGCAAUUCAUCCCUGGAAGUCCGUGUGAAGAGAUGGCAUGGAAAUCCAUUGGUGUGGUUGACCUAUGUGAUGCUGAGGAUGGGGUGGAGAGCAAGGAAGAGGAGAAUCCCCGCUGGGGCAUCCCUGGGCCAGCAAAGCACGAGGGUUUGCUGUCAGCACUGCCCAAGGAGAGGAGCUCUCAGAGUCCUGCACGGGACCCGGUUCACCCCCGCAGGUCAGAAAGGGUUCAGAGAGCACCCCUGGGGAAGAGGCAGAGCCGAGUGAUGGCACGCGGGAAGAGCUUCAGGAGGCUGCCGGAUCUCAUCCAGCAGAGAAAUCCUGCUGUGGCGAGACUGACGAUCUGCAGGGACUGCGGGAAGGGCUUCAGGCUGAGCUCCAACCUCAUCCAGCAUCGGAGGAUCCACACUGGGGAGAAACCCUUCAGCUGCACCGACUGCGGGGAGAGCUUCCGGCAGCGAUCGCACCUCGUCCAGCACCAGAGAGCCCACAGCGGGGAGCGGCCCUACGCCUGCGCCGAGUGUGGGAAGAGCUUCAGCAUGAGCUCCAAGCUGAUCCGCCACCAGGUAACCCACACCGGGGAGAAGCCCUACAGGUGCACCGAGUGUGGGAAGAGCUUCUCUGGGAACUCCCAGCUCGUCCAGCACCAACGGGUGCACACCGGGGAGAAGCCCUACGAGUGCGGCGACUGCGGGAAGAGCUUCAGCGUGAGCUCAGCCCUCACACGGCACCAGCGGGUGCACACUGGGGAGAAACCCUACGAGUGCGUGGAGUGCGGGAAGGGCUUCAGCCAGAGCUCCGAGCUCGUGAAGCACCAGCGGGUCCACAGCGGGGAGAGACCCUACGAGUGCUCCGAGUGCGGGAAGAGCUUCACGGUGAGUUCUGCCCUCAUCCAGCACCGGCGGUUCCACCUGGGCGAGCGCCCUUACGGCUGCACCGAGUGCGGGAAGAGCUUCACGGUGAGCUCCCACCUCAUCCAGCACCGCCGCUUCCACACCGCCGAGCGGCCCUUCGAGUGCGCCGAGUGCGGGAAGAGCUUCCUGUGGAGGUCGGCCCUGCUCCGCCACCACCGGGUGCACACCGGGGAGAGGCCCUACGCCUGCGCCGACUGCGGGGGCAGCUUCCGGCAGAGCGCCCACCUCAUCCAGCACCGCCGCACCCACAGCGGGGAGAGGCCCUACGCCUGUGCUGACUGCGGGAAGGGCUUCGCCGUGAGCUCCGCGCUGCUCCGGCACCGGCAGAUCCACCGGGGAGGGCGGCCAUAGGAGGGCUGAGAACGUGGGGUGGUGCGACCUGAUGCUCAGUGCCACCCCUGGGAGCACAGCACAGCACAGCCCAGCAGAGCCCUGCACAGCCCAGCAGAGCCCUGCACAGCCCAGCAGAGCCCUGCACAGCCCAGCAGAG